UCCCAAUCGUCAUCGUCCUGAAUCAUCCACCAUCCCACUCUGCUCUUCUUAAAAAUCCUAUCUUUUCCGUGGCUGCAAUCUCUUUUCUCCCUCUCUCCCGCGACGCGCUUGAUCUUUCAUGGCUAUUUGAAUCUAUUAUCUUCUCUCUAACCAAAAAAAUGCAAAACCCUUCAACGGUAACCAAUGAAUCAGCAGCUCCGGUCUUUGAUCUCUUCCCACGGCUGAGAGGUUUAGCCUCUUUUAAUCGAUCUCCGUGUUCGAAUUCAGAUGGGUAUGCUCUCUCAUCGUCCAAUACAUUGUACUUCAAUGGUUUCCGGACUUUACCCACCCGAAGGACGGGGAAAACCCUAGCUUCCCUGAGCUUGAACACUAAGAGCAGUGCCGGUUCGAGCCUGCGUAGGUUUAUCACCGAUUUCAAUAGCUUUAUUAGGUUUCACUGCGGUAAGGUUGUUCCGGAAAGCUUCGCCUCUGUUGGUGGAGUUGGGUUGUCGAGUGAUGAGAACGGGGUUAGGGGAGAUGUGACUAAUGAGGUUUUGGGUGAGGAGGGCCUGCCGUUGAAUGGGGUUGAAGUUGAUCGGCCGAAGAAAGUUUUGAUUUUGAUGAGUGAUACUGGUGGUGGUCACAGAGCUUCGGCGGAAGCCAUUAAAGCUGCAUUUAAUCAGGAGUUUGGAGAUGAGUACCAGGUGUUUAUUACGGAUUUGUGGACAGAUCAUACACCCUGGCCGUUCAACCAGCUUCCCCGGAGCUAUAAUUUUUUGGUGAAACAUGGAACUCUGUGGAAAAUGACUUAUUAUGGUACAGCUCCACGCGUUAUUCAUCAAUCUAAUUUUGCAGCAACUUCGACUUUUAUUGCCAGGGAAAUCGCCCAAGGGUUAAUGAAAUAUCAACCAGACAUCAUAAUCAGUGUUCAUCCAUUGAUGCAACAUGUCCCACUUCGUGUCCUAAGAUCAAAAGGCUUGCUUAAGAAAAUCGUCUUCACCACGGUUAUUACAGACUUGAGCACUUGCCAUCCCACAUGGUUUCAUAAGCUCGUGACAAGAUGUUAUUGCCCAUCAACAGAAGUGGCAAAAAGGGCGCAAAAGGCAGGACUUGAAACAUCACAAAUCAAAGUUUACGGCCUUCCUGUUCGACCUUCUUUUGUGAAACCAGUUCGCCCAAAGGUAGAACUAAGAAGGGAGCUAGGGAUGGAUGAGAAUCUUCCAGCUGUGUUGUUAAUGGGCGGUGGAGAAGGGAUGGGUCCCAUUGAGGCAACAGCAAGAGCACUUGCAGAUGCUUUGUAUGACGAGAACCUUGGUGAAGCAGUAGGUCAGGUUCUUGUAAUCUGUGGACGGAACAAGAAACUACAAAGCAAAUUAAGCUCCUUAGAUUGGAAAAUCCCAGUCCAGGUGAAGGGGUUUAUAACGAAAAUGGAGGAAUGUAUGGGUGCCUGUGACUGCAUCAUAACAAAGGCUGGUCCAGGCACUAUAGCUGAAGCUAUGAUAAGAGGGCUACCGAUAAUCUUGAAUGGUUACAUCGCUGGUCAAGAGGCAGGGAAUGUGCCGUACGUGGUGGAGAACGGAUGUGGGAAAUUCUCAAAAUCGCCAAAAGAGAUAUCAGAGAUCGUAGCAGAUUGGUUCGGACCAGCAUCAAGAGAGUUAGAGAUAAUGUCACAGAAUGCGUUGAGGCUGGCUAGACCAGAAGCAGUGUUCAAAAUAGUGCACGAUAUGCACGAGCUGGUCCGACAAAAAAAUUGUCUUCCUCAGCUCUCUUGCACUGCCUAAUAUAUAUGUUGUAACUCUAUUCAUUCAAUCACUCCAAUCUUCUUCCUUUUUUGGUUCUUAGACAAGAGUCUAAUACAUGAUGUAUUCAAAGUAGUAUUUAUUUUUGCCCUUAGUGCUAAGUGCCAACAAUAAUCAUGUCCGAUUUAUUCA